AUGGAUGAACGAUCGAUAAAAAAUGGUGCACAUCAAAAAUUGAUUAGAAUGUUUGUUGACAAUAAUAGCGAUGAGAAGAGAAAUAUGAUUGAAAGACAACCAUCAAGUAAAACUGGCUAUCCAUUACCAUCUAUGAUGAUUGUUGGAAUUAUUUCAUCUCUUAUGAUGGUUAUAUUUAUUAUCGGAUUAGCUUUUACUCGAUAUUAUAUAUAUAAUAAACGACGUAAAACUGAUCCAAAAGAUUUAUCCUAUAGUGUAUCAAAUUAUUGGCGUCAACCAGUUCCAUCAACAUCCGUCGAUAGUUUUAUUCCACUACCUAUAGAUAAUAGUCGUCAUCAAUCUAAUCAAGAAAUAAAUGAAACGAGUCGAAUCCUUAAAAGUUCAUUUUCAUGGCCGGAAGCAACAUUACUUCAUCAACAGCAACAGCAACAAGAAAAAGGCGAAUAUGCAUCAACGAUAUCAUCAUUAUCAAAUUCUUCUACAAUGGAAAAUAUUCUUCAACCAGCUUCAUUAACUUUUACUAUUCGACGGGAUGAAAAAAUUGGAUCAUUAUUUGUUCAUAUUCUUAGUGCAAAAGAUCUUUUUGUUUAUCGUCGUAAUCGACAACCAACAGUUAUAGAUUCGUAUGUUAGAAUUGAACUUGUAUCAACAGAACGUAAUGAUAGUGAAGAAUCAUUUCAAUCAAUGCGCACUCAUAUAAUUAAAAAAAAUCCUCAUCCGAUUUUUGAUGAAGUCUUUGAAUUUCCAAACCUUCAUCAAAUUAAAAAUCCUAAUAAUCUAUCUGUAUAUUUUACUUUAUUAACAUAUGAUACAUUUACACGCGAUGAAAUCCUUGGACAAGUUGUAUUUCCAAUUGUUUUACCGGAUGGAAUAACAACAAAUGCUCUUGAUACAAAGGAAACGACAUUUACACGAGAUAUAAUACCUCGUCAUCAACAGUUAAGUAAUCAACAACUUGGACAGAUGCUUAUCUCAUUAUGUUAUCAACCAAAAGAUAAUACAAUAACAUUAAUUGUUUUAAAAGCAUCCAAUUUACCACGUAUUGGUACAACAAGAUUGAUUAAUCCUUAUUUUAAAAUUUAUAUGUUCUAUAAAGGUCAACGUAUAAUUAAAAAACGAAGUAGUAUUAAACGAACAACACAAUGUCCUGUUUAUAAUGAAUGUUUUACAUUUCAUAUACCUGAUAAUGAUUUACAAAAUAUUCAUUUUGAUAUAAUACUUUUCGAUUAUGAUCAUCAUAUGAAACAUGAACCAAUUGGUACAUUAUCAAUUGGAAAUAAUACUAAUGAUAUAAAUCAACAUUGGAAUGAUGUAUGUCAUAGACAAAUUACGAAACAAAUAGCACAAUGGUAUCAAUUAAAACCAUUUAAUAUAUUGAAUUACUAA